CUUGAGGAUGUCGGCAGCAGCGAGGAAAGAAGAAGCAGUGGACGGGGGUCUGUCCCAGCCGCCACCGACUAGGCUUGUGAGCCGUUUAGACGACUCGAGAGACGAGAAUGGCGGGCCAGCUACCGUCUCUGAGACGGGGAAGAAGGAAGAGAGAAAGGUGCAGGGAGAAGACGAGAAGGAAUACUUCUGCGGCUGCGGUCCCUGGCAUCCUCACCGGCUACAAAUAUUCAGAGAUGCUCGUUUCUUCACCUUUCUCCUUUGCCUCUUCGCCACCAUUGAGGGAGCCCUCGUCUCUGGUUUCACAUCAGUAGUACUCUCAACCCUAGAGAGGAGAUACGGUUUCUCCAGUACUGCAACAGGAGCUAUCGCCAGCACUUUCGACGUCGCCGUUCUCGUGUCUGUCGUCUUCAUCAGCUAUUUCGGUGGGCGUGGUCACAAACCUCGUUGGCUGGGGGCGAGUCUCAUCAUCCAGGCAACGGGCUCGUUCAUAUUCUCCCUGCCGCAGUUUGUGUUUGGUCGUUAUCGAGUCGGGUCCUCAGGAGCCCUGUCCACAGAGACUUGUCUUGACGGACAAGAUUUCACUGACUGCAAGUCCUCCACAAAUGCCGCUCUUUUCUUCUUCGUACUGGGAAAUAUUUUCAUUGGAGUAGGGGCUGCCCCUCUAUUUACCGUGGGAACGACGUACCUUGACGAGAUAGCUAGACCGAAACACGUAUCUCUCCAUCUCGGUGUGUUCUACAUGCUCUCCAUUGUUGGCCCAGCGCUCGGAUAUGCUCUUGGAGGACCGUUUCUGUCAAUCUACGUCGACCCCUGGGAGGAAACACAUUUAACCCCUUCUGACCCAGGCUGGGUGGGAGCCUGGUGGCUGUGUUUCAUAUUCUGCGGAGUCGUAUCACUCGUGAUUUCUGUUCCGUUCUUCUGCUACCCUCGUUUGCUGCCGUCCAGCAGAGCUAUACGGGAGGAGAGAGAGAGGGAAAUGGCCAAGCGAUGCGAGGAUGCCCCUAAGGUGAUUGAGGGAGGGAACAAGAUUCGCAGCGUCGUUCUCUCAUUUCUCUGGGAGAUACGAAGGCUUGUAGUCAACCCCAGCUGGGUCUUCAUGACUGCGGCCAUCUCCUCGUCGAUUCUCGUUGUGUCAGGGUUCGCCUCGUUUGGACCAAAGUACGUUGAGACUCAGUUUGGCCUACCACCUUCAUUGGCAAGCCUUGCAGUCGGAGCUGUUGCGAUCCCUACAGGUGGGGCAGGUGUAGUCGUGGGAGGUUUAAUCAUCUACUGUCUGAAACUGAAAGGAAGGAGGGUGUCCCUGCUACAAUUAGUUAUCAGUGGAGUGGCGGUGCUACCGUUGCUAGGGCUACUGCUCCACUGUCCGACCUCUGACAUCGCUGGUAUUACGACAUCAUAUCCAGAUGGGGCCAGAGAUCUUGGCGACACUCGAUUCCUCAACUCCAGCUGUAUCUCCAGUUGUAACUGUACCUCUUCAGUCUUUGAGCCAGUCUGCGGAGCCGACAAUGUGGUCUACUUCUCUCCGUGUCGUGGUGGCUGCGAUCCUACCGACAAUACCACCGAGGCAGAUUAUGAUCAGUGUCGGUGUGUGGCCGAGAGGCUCCAUUCUGUAGCCCCCAACUCCUCAUUCUCCACUCUGCUGGCUGGGAACAGCACUGCCAGUGACGGCCUCUGCGACAGUAACUGUGGGAUGAAGCUGAUCUUCUUCCUCCUCCUCAUUGGCCUAGGAUUGUUCACUGUCUUCAUGCUGCAGAUACCCAAUGUCCUGGUCACUAUUCGAUGUGUGGCGGAAGACCAGCGAACCCUCGCCAUAGGGACACAGUCGUUCUUCUGGCGGCUGCUAGGGUCCAUCCCCGGGCCGAUCCUCUUCGGAGCCAUCUUCGACUCCACCUGCCUCUUCUGGCAACAUGAGUGUGGUCGCCGUGGCAACUGCUGGGUGUAUAACAACACAGCGCUGAGUCAGCGUGCCGUGGUGUUGGCAGCGCUGGCCAUGGCUGGAUAUUUCACGUGUGUGUUUCUCUGCUGGUGUUCUACCCUCGACACCAGUCUAGUGGGGAGGAUGGGAACAUUGCAGUGACUGAGAUGGAGGCAAGGGAGGGUGGAGGGGAGAGAGGAGAGGAGGAGAGGGAGGAGAGGGAGGAGAGAGAGAGACGUCAGUAAUUGGGAUGAUGCAGAAUAGAAACAGCACGGUCCAACUGUUGGAAGUCUCUUCUUCUUCGUCUUCUUCAAACGGAACCGAAACCUGAUUGUUCCUCUCCUUCUCAAAAUUUCAUUCUGUAUCACAGAUUUUUAUUGUCAUCUAUAUUAUGAUUUAUCUUUUUCGUCAAUUUUUAUUAUUAAAGUGCACUGAGAAAUUAAAAAAAUAAUCAACAUGACA